AAACCUUUGUUUGUAGCCAUCCAUUGUCAAGAAGUUGGUGGUAAAGUCUAUGAGAAAUCGAUGCAGCAUGUUGAUCAAUUUGUCGAACAACUAGGACGAAGUGAACGUAUUAAGGAUUACGACAGAAGUCUAUUUGUUCUAGACGAAAAUUUCGAAGAUUUAACAAAAUUUACGGCUUUAGGUAAUAUCUACUUACUGCAUGAAUCAUUAACCGAUGCAGAGGUUUGGAAUUUUAAAAGCGAACAAUUUAAAAAAAUUGAGGGAUUAAACGUACAUACUAAAAACUUGCAAGAUGUCCAAAUUAUUCAAAAAGUGAGAUUUCCAGAUGAAUAUUAUAAGCAAACUACAUGGACGAGGAAAGGCUAUAUGAGACUGAGAUGGAAAAUUGGCAAUUUAAAUAUAGACUUUGUCAAUGUUCACCUAUUUCAUGAUGCUAGCAAUCUGACAGCAUACGAGGAAUCCCCUUCUACCUUUAGUUAUAGUCGAAGGCGCGCCCUCGAACAGAUAUUAAACGGAUUUGAAAGUGAUAAUCUUCCGGAUGCUCCUCUAUUCAUUUUCGGCGAUUUCAAUUUUAGACUUGAUUUACGUUCCGUAGUUGACAUGCGGGAAUGUGAUCGUGAAGCGGAUUAUUUCAAGGAUAGACUAUCAGAAUGCCCUCGUAAUUUUCCUCCAAGCUAUCCUUAUUGCGAGGAUGUUGCUGCCGGUACGACAUAUAUGAAAACAAGAUGUCCUGCAUGGUGCGACAGGAUACUCUUGAAUAAUGCCGCAGUACCCCUUGUAAAGCAUAACAGCAAGUCAACGUACACAUAUGAUGUCAUAGGUAAAGACGUUUGCAUGGGCGAUCAUAAGGUAAUUUACUUGAUAUUGUUUAUACUUAAUUUGGUAUUAUUACAAUUUCGAUGA